UGAUGCUCCUCUGGCGUAGAAGAAGAAGAAGCUCAGUUUUCUUAUGUUGCUGCGUGGGUUUUCAAUUUUAUUUCCUCCACCGUUUUCUGUAGAAUUCAGACAAGAGGUUGAGUCGAGAGAGAGAGAGAGCGAGAGAGAGAGAGAGAAGGAAGGAACCGGGGAAGGCUGGCAGUGUAUUUUGUUGUGGGAGAGACUUGAGGGGGGUGAGGGAGGGAACGAUGCGGAUUUUGCGUUGGUAGAGAGAGGGAGGGAGGCAAAGAGGAGUUAGAGGAGGCGGUGGUUGUCAUGGGUGCAGGAUGAGAGCGGAGGGAAGGAAGGAACGGUCUGAUGUAGUGUCGGUUGGGAGAGUUUUCUGAUGGAGUUUUUUUUUUUUUUCGAGUUACGGCAUUAGGUAUUUUUCGUGUAAUUUUUGGUGGAUGUGAUAGGGUGAGUGUAGGGUGGAAAGCAUGCAGACGGGAGCAUGAUGAGUUUGUGGAACUGGAAGGUUGGUCGGAGGGAUUGUGGUUGUAGGAAGUUGUAAGGAAGGUUUGUGAGAUGUUGUUGAUGCGGUUUUGCGUGGAACGUGGAGGGAGGGUAGAGGUGGUUGAAAAUGGAGAAUAGAAAAAGUGAAUAACUGCAAUUCGCACGUUCAUUGACCGUUUGGCCAAUUGCAUAUCUGCGCAAUUGCUGGCUGUUGCCUGCGAGUUGAGAAGAGUUCGAGUGAUUUUGUGGUUUGAUCAUGCAGUGCUGCUCGUAAUUAUUGUUUUGGUGCAAAGUUGCACGCACAUUGCCCUUAGCUUGCGUGACUCUUUUCAUCCUACAUUCUUUCAACACUUAGUGUUUGAUGUCCGUGUACGGUGCCCUGAACUUUCGAUUUUGUUCAAUUUUUAGAAGUAUGACUGGAGUUAGGUGGUAGCUUUAACUCGCAGUAUGCUUGUGUAUCACUCUUAGUCUCCUUGUGCCGCCGCAUCUUCCUUGAUGCGAAUUUAGAGGCUGUUGUCAUGUCUUCGAAACGAUCGGCGGGAGAGUGGUUGACGACUUGGGAAUUCGCGUGAGAGGGAGCUACGGUUUAAUGCUUCUUUUUACCCUCGCUAAAGCCUGAUUUUUCUUUGCGUAUCUAUGCAUCCAAACAUCUACGUCUGGCGAAACUCUGACCUUUCCCAGUAAUUUUCAUGGAGUUUACUACAGGUGAUCACGAAGUGAGGUUUCAUUGCACAUCCAGAAAGAUAUGGUCGGCCAGUUUGCAUGGAGCUUCUCGCUGAGAAUCAGCAGAGCCCGGACAGUAGCUUCUCUUGUCGAUUGAGAGAGAUAGAACGAGAGAGAGGAAGAUUUGGUGGAAUAAAAUAGUCUUGUACAUAUCUGCCAGUUAUAUUUCCAUUGGUUUUGGAAUACAGGCGAGAGCAAAUCCUGUGUAUUGAAAGGGUUUGUUCAGUCACGUCAAGAUGUUGAUCCAUGUGGCUGAAAACGGUCAGUCCUUUGACUUCGACUGCCAGCCUGUUACGAACGUAGGAGUUAUACAGAACUUUCUCGUCUCUCUCACUGGAAUACCUCUUCAUGAGCAAAUGCUGCUUUGUGGAGACACAAGUUUGAAGUCAGACAACGCUCUGGGAGUCUACAAGCUUCCCGAUGACAGUCGACAUGUGUUUCUUUAUAACCGUUCACGUCUUGUAGCUGAUUGUCCACCUCCUCCUUCGGAAGAUCCCGAGGUGCCCCUGUUGGAAAUUCCUCCUGUUCCUUCAAGUCUGCCCGGAGGACAUCCUCUGGAUGAUGCAAGUGACCCUGCCUUGAAAGCUCUUCCGUCCUACGAGCUUCAAUUCAAAUACCACUUUCAAAAAGGCCACGCGAUUUUGUGUGCAAGCCAGAAGAAGUUCGAUAUUUGCAGGCGGCUUCUCCGGGAACAACAGGUUCAGGAAAUGGCUCUUCAGACUGCGCGGGGGAACAUUGCUUAUUAUUACAAGGUUAUAGACAAUCAAUUUGGAGAAUUUUUGAGACACUAUGCACGUCAGCACAAGCAGCAUUCGGACCUGCUAGCAAAUUUCGAGCGCGAUUUAGAACGAUUACGGGCGUGCAAACUGCAUCCUAGUCUUCAGACCGAAACCCGAAAAACUUUACUGCAUUGUGUAAGAGAGUCGAGUCUUAGGGAAAGGGCUGAACAAUGUAACUUUUCCCACAAACAGUUUGGGUCCAAGGUAGCUGAGUUGAAGCUUCUUUACGUAGAUUUACAGCGAAAUGUACAGUAUUUGUCCGACUCUCCAUCAGCUGUGGAUGUUCACGUUCUUGAGGAGACUAUCGAUGAUCACAUGCAAUUCACUGAAGAACAAUCUAGCAUCGUUCAAUCUCUCAGCAAGGAUGUCAACACUGUGAAGAAGCUCGUGGACGAUUGUGUCUCUGGUCAAUAUUCCGGAAAUCUACGCCCUCAUGAUGCGGUCUCUGCUCUUGGCCCAAUGUAUGAUGUUCACGAUAAAAACCACCUUCCCCGAUUGGAAGCAUGUGAUAUGGAACUUGAUAACCUUUUAGAGCAUAGUAAAAAAAGUAAAAAUCAAAUGAAUUUGUGCGUUCAUACUCGGCUUCAGAAUGUAGCUGCUCUGCAGUCUAAUAUAAGGGGCAUGCGCAACCAGCUGGCAGUCUUCAAGGAAGCAAUGGCUCGUCAAAGCGAUCAUUUCUCAGAGUUGAAGCUUCUUAGGCGGGUUGGUCCUUCAUACAAGGCAUGCUUAGCUGAGGUUGUACGACGUAAGGCAUCCAUGAAGCUCUACAUGGGUCAGGCUGGACAACUGGCUGAGAAGCUGGCUAGGAAGAGGGAAGCGGAGGUUGCCAGACGUGAAGAGUUUCUUCGAAUACAGAGUAUGUAUAUUCAGCGAGAAGUACUGCAAGCGAUGGGCUUGUUUGAAAAUCCUAGUCAAUGCAUUGUAAAUAUUGCCCCUUUUGACACCAAUCUUCUGGACAUUGGCGUAAACGAUAUCGAGCGGUAUGCUCCUGAGUCCCUAGUUGGACGGUUGAUGAAAGGGCCCGACCAAAACCUGAGUGGAAGGUCUCGAUCUCUUUCUUACACUGGCUCUCAAUCACCAGGGGGUUCUGAAGGUGCUCUUGACACCAAAGAUGAACAAGACUUGGACACUGAUGAAGAUACCAAUGGAAUUGACGAGAUAGCUGGUACCAGCAAGUUGGAAGUGGAAAAUGCGUGGUUGAAGUCAGAGCUGGCGUCUGCUGUAGCCAUGCUUUGUAACCUAGACUCAGAUUAUGAACUUGAAGAAGGUGUCGGUGAUAGUCAAGACUCUGAGAAGGGUGUUGAGAUGGAGAGGGGUGCAAGGGCCCAAAACGCAGCCCAGAAAACUGCCGAGGCUCUGCACUUGAAAGAUGAACAUGCUAAACAUUUGACAGAUAUGUUAACCAUGCGACAGGUGCAAUGUAAUUCGUACGAGAAGCGCAUAAGAGACCUGGAACAGACCCUGGCUGAGCAGCACAUGCAACUACAGAAGUAUACUUCUAUAGAAAGGCAUGACCGUGGUCAUCGUCGAAGUCACGAUUCAGAGGAAUUCGAUCAAGUUCAAGAGAGGACAGAUCAGGGUCAAGAUUCUUCGGAGACCUCUGGAAUAACUGGUGAUGGGGUUGGGAGAGUUCAGAGAGGUGUAGGAAUUCCAGAACCAAUGGACGAGGGUAUGGUCAGCAAUAUGCAAGCUAACUCUACAGCUAGUAUUGAUACUAGGACAGAUUCUGGUGGGGGCCGAAGAGAGGGUACUCGAGAGGGAGGAGAUGAGGUCAUGAGUGACGUUUCAGGAGGAGUCUCAGUUACGGAUGCUGGCAUGGUGGAAUCCAGAAAAGAGGAAUCUGCAGAAGGUGUUGACGGGAACGAAGGUUUACCUGAUGCGCCGAACGGUGGUAGCACUGGAAAAGAUCAAGGAACCAAUGAUGUGGAGUUGAAUGAAGUUUUAGCUGGCGCUAAGGUUCAAGGUACUGCUUUGGAUAAGAAUGUUGACGGUGGAGAUGCCUUUCUGAGGGAUGGAGAGCUUGAAGAAUCUGCCUUGCAAACUGAUUUGCUGGAAAAGAACGAGCACUUAAUAGCCAUCGAUGAUAAACUCAAAUUUUUUAUAGCGGAGGUUGCCCGACUAACUAGCGAGUUGGAUGAGAGUGCCGAGCUUCUAAAUGAAUGCCAGAUGAAUUGUGCGCAUCUGGAGAACCGGCUGCACGAAGCAAGAGAAGAGGCUCGAACAAACCUUUGUGCAGCUGAUCGAAGAGCUGCUGAGUAUAGCGCAUUGCGUAUUACCAGUGUUCGACUCAGAGGAUUGAUGGAACGUUUACGAAGCUGCAUUACUGCUCCCGCCGGCAAUCCGAGCAGUUUUGCGGAGUCCCUUCGUGCCCUGGCUGUCUCUCUUUCUAGUGCGAAUGUCAACGAUGGAAGCGAGGACGGCGAGUUUAGGAAUGCAAUCAGGGUGCUUGCGGAUAGAGUCGGGAAUCUGGUCCAGCAACGUGGUGAGCUUUUGGAACGUUGCACCAUUGCCGAGACUAAUCAAGCCCAUCUAAAAAAGGAUCUUGAGAAUCAGGCUGAGCUUCUGAAAAAUCUUUAUUCGAAACGCAAGUUUGACAAGCAGGCAAGUAAAGAGAAGAUCUGCUUCACGCGGUUCGAGAUUCAUGGGCUUGCUGUCUUCCUUCAAAAUGCGAAUGGUCAUUUUGAAGCCAUUAACCACAAUCGCCCUCAUUAUUAUCUGUCUGGAGAAUCUAUUGCUCUUUUCCAAGAGCAGGGACUUCCCAGUGGGUCGCCAUAUGUUGUGGGUCAGAUAGUUCACAUCGAUCGGAAGGUUGUCAUUCCUGCUCCUCCCCCUCCACCACUCUUGGCUGGCAGUUCAGAUGGAAGCGUACAGGGAACUGAACUUGGAGCUGGAACAAUGUUGACUCCUGCUCGAGCGAAGGCUUCUCACAACCCCUACGGCUUGCCGUUAGGUACAGAUUAUUAUAUUGUGACUGUUGCUAUGGUUCCUGAUUUGUAGACCUAGAAACUAACUUGGCUUGAUUAUGCAGCUGGCUAACGAUACAGGGGAUAGAUUGGUAAAGCAGACAACGGUGAUCUUGUGGUAAAUUUCAGUUGCUUGGAUUGAGUGAAGGGUAGUUGCUACGUCUUUGUUCUCAACAUCAUCUCGCUCAAGUGUGAAUAAGACAUGAAGUAGAGGGGAAAGUUGAAACUUCAUGGGCGUAUGCCUCUUCAAAUCAGGACAUUGUUUUGUGUCAUGAACUUGGUACUGCAUUUGUAGAUAUUAUGAUAUUUUCUUGCACUUGCCUUUGGUUUUGUAUGAGUUUUACUGGACAUUUUUUACAUAAAGAAAUGAUAAAUGUCAAAAUGUUUAGUGCU